AUGGCUCCUUCUCUUCUUUCUCGACCUCUUGGUAUGGAUAAUUUUCGUGAUCCAUUAUUCGUGAAUACUCCAUUAUGGUUUUACGUCUGUAUUUACUUUGAAUUUUUUAUUCAAUUGCCAUUUUUCGUGUACGCGAUUAUUGGAUUAUGGAAAGAUAGCGCGAAUAUCCGUCUCCCGUUAUUAGCUUAUUCAGUUCAUGUGGUUACUGUAACUACAAUUUGUUUGAGUGUAAUUUAUUUUGGAGAUCAUGAAGGAUUACAGGAAGACCAAAGAAAUUUUUUAGUAGCCGCAUAUUCUCCUUAUUUCUUCAUUCCUCUCAUUUGUUUAAUUGAUUCAUUUUUAAAAAUCCAACAAUUAAUCACAGCAGCAGUUAAUGUAUCUUCUUCGGUGACUUUAGAAAAAAAGCAUGAAUAA